AUCACCUAGAGGUGAGAAGUGUUUACUUGGAGCUCAGCAAUUUUCCCUAGUGGAGUGUCGUUGCGAACUUUAUGAGAAAGUGAUGUGCAUCUGCAAUAUGAAGAAUGGAAGAAGACGAUGUCACGAUCAGAGAGCAGAAUUUCCACAGCCAAGUUCGAGAGUACAUUAUCUGCUUCCUCCUGUUUGCAGUGCUUUACAUCGUGUCUUACUGUAUCAUCACUCGUUACAAGAGAAAAAGUGAUGAACAGGAAGACGAAGACGCAGUUGUUAACAGAAUAUCCAUGUACCUGUGUACUUUUACCUUGGCAGUGUCUGGAGGGGCAGUGCUCCUGCUGCCCUUUUCUAUAAUCAGUAAUGAGAUCCUCCUCUCCCUCCCCAAAAACUACUACAUCCAAUGGCUCAACGGAUCCCUCAUCCACGGCUUGUGGAACCUUGUGUCGCUCUUCUCCAACCUCUGUCUCUUCGUGCUGAUGCCUUUCGCUUAUUUCUUCCUGGAGUCUGAGGGUUUCGCUGGCUCAAAAAAGGGCAUUAAGGCACGUGUGCUGGAGACCUUUGUCAUGCUGUUCCUGCUGGCCCUGCUCAUUCUGGGGAUUGUAUGGGUGGCGUCAGCUCUUAUUGACAAUGAUGCAGCGAGCAUGGAGUCCCUCUAUGACCUAUGGGAAUUCUACCUGCCCUACCUCUACUCCUGCAUCUCUCUGAUGGGAGGCCUUCUGCUGCUGAUGUGUACUCCAGUCGGUUUGUCCCGAAUGUUUACUGUAAUGGGGCAGUUGCUAGUGAAGCCCACGAUUUUAGAGGACCUGGAUGAACAGAUGUACCUUAUCCAGCUUCAGGAGGAGGCCCUGCAUCACAAGCUGAAUGGUUCAGUGUCCCAUCACCAUUUGCCCCCUGAUUCCCAGCAUCUCUACAAGGAGCUCGACAGCGUGCAGACCCAGCGGAACAAGCUUGAGCGCCGACGGAAAGCCUCUGCUUGGGAGAAGAACCUCCUUUACCCCAUUGUGAUGUUGAUUCUUCUUGCUGGCACGGCCAUCUCCGUGUUCCUGGUAGCCCUGAACAUCUUGUACCUUCUUGUGGAUGAAACGGCAUUGCCAAAGGCAUCGACGGAUCCAGGUAUUGGCAACAUGUCCCUGUCCACAUUUGGGGUUGUACAAGCAGUGGUCGAAAUCAUUCUCAUGAUUUACCUGAUGGUAUCCUCUGUGGUGGGCUUUUAUAGCCUUCGUAUUUUCCAGGGUCUCACACCUAGGAAGGACGAUACUACCAUGACAACAAUCAUUGGUUGCUGUGUAUCCAUUCUGGUCUUGAGCUCUGCAUUGCCAGUCAUGUCCCGAACACUUGGAAUAACAAGGUUUGACCUGCUGGGAGAUUUUGGCCGUUUUAACUGGUUGGGAAAUUUCUAUAUCGUCCUGUCCUACAACCUGCUGUUUGCCGUGGUCACCACGCUGUGUCUGGUGCGCAAGUUCACUUCUGCUGUGAGAGAAGAGCUCCUUAAAGCCCUGGGUCUGGAUAAACUGAAUCUGUCAAACAGCCCAGCAGAUGCAGAGUCAAGCAAACUAUCAGCCAAUGGUCAUCAGAAGACUCUCUGAGAUGUGUGCACGCUCUUCUACUCGCUCAUGCUCGCACUCUCUCUCUCUUUCACAUACGCACAUGUACCUCCCUCACUCUCACUCCCAAAGAGCAUACGGUAUGUUUUCACAAUUAAAGAAAGGAUAGCAGUUGUUAAACAGCCUGUAAAAUGAGGGGAGAAAUAUUCUUGAGUCAAGUACAUGAAGAUGAUGAUACCCAUCCAACUUCUAGCAGGAAAGUGAGCGGUUGGCAUCUAUGGUACAUCACUUGGCCAGAUCAGACCAGUGUGAAAUGGCUUCAUGAACUGCAGUGAGAGAGAGACAGAUAUUGAAUCCAGUUUCACUGUAGUGUCCUUUUUAGCAGGACUUUCCCACCAUCCGACUGGCUGAGUGUGCAGGUGUACCCUUGGCACACUGGUGCACUGUGCUUGUUUUGUACCUUGUCCAGCUAUCUGCAAUGUAUACAUUCUUUUAGUUCAUGUACUACCUAUUUUUCUUUUCUCUGGUGUCUGCAUGCCUGUUCCACAGUAAUUCAUUCUCUUUCUCUUCUCUCAUUCUUGGUUGUAUUUUGGACCUGUCCAGUGGGCACCUACUUAAGACAUUAUUCAGAAUGCUUAAUGGAAAGUCUGAUGAGCACUGCAUUAUCACAGCCUCUUAUACUUUUAUUAUGCUUUACAACACUUUGACUGUGCAUUACCCACCCCCUCAUGAUUUGUGAUUGGGUUUGUGAUUAGCAGGCUCUGAUAAGCAUGGUUGAAGUAGGUGUACUGUGACAAGCAGACUGAGAGCAGCUACUGGAUCAAUAAUGGUCUCUGCGGGGUUUUUGCAGCAAACCGAUCAAUGAUGGGGUCUUAGCCAUCACAACUCCUGCUACGGAGGAACGAUUAUAGGUGUCAAUGAAUUAUAGAUACCUACAAAGAGUUGUGGUUUCAUGCAGCUAUUGCUUGCGCCAGGCAGUAGUCUGCUGACUGUUCCAUAGGUAUAGCACAGCAUAUAUAUUGGUGUAGGAAGACUGAUUUGGGAAGGGGGGGCGGGGGGAUACCAGUGCAUGGAAAAAAAGGUGAUUUGCUUCACCAUCGAAAAAAAAAAACAAGGCAAGACUUUUGUAGUGGUCAUCAAAUGAACAGUGAUAUAAAUUUGCCUUAUUCGUGCUAAUGGCCCUAAUGAAGUGUGUGCAGAGGCAGCGUGUGAGCUCAGAGCUGCUACUGCUAAAGGUGCUUUGCUUCCUGUCCCAUGCCAGGCUAUAUUCUCUGUGCUGAAAUCAUUACAGGCGGAUGCGCGUCGUGCAUGCACGCAUGCGUGCUGGGUGAGCUCGGCCAGCCUCAGUGUGUGCAUUAUCAGUGCAAACAGCCGAGGAACACGGAAACCAGGUCUUAGCUUAUCACAGCUGGGGAAACAAAAUCAGACACAUGGCCUCUGGGGGAAAAAAAAACUCAAGUUAAAUGUGAAUUCCAAGGUAUUGCACUUGGUGAUAUGCAUGUAUAUAGCAUAUUUUGCUUUACAAAUAGCUACUGUUUACUGAGACCAGUGUAGAGGUAGGUCUCUUUGUAAAGAGCAACACUAGAUGUAGAUAGCUAAGAUGUAUGAUGAUCAUUUCUUUCUUACUUUUAGUUCGAUGUAAAUUGCAUUUGCAGUAGUUUCUUCAGUCUUCAUCAUUAGACUCACAGGUCAUUCUUGACAUUUCUCUUAGAUAUGUUGUUUAUUCAUUAAGAAAAAAAUGCAAUGUAAAUGUAUUUUUGUGUGUGUCUUUUUGGCAGAAUAUAUGGACAACAUAUUAGGUCUGUCAGCCUUAUGUACAGUCUGUGAUAUCUGUAGAAUAGGCCAGUGAAUUCGUAACUCUGCAAUGUUGGUGGUUGUCAAAUAUUCACCUCCAAUGCCUUAACUAGGGAGGAUUUUAUAGGCUUUUCUAUUAGUUGUCAUGCAUUGUGCAGUUUGUGUGUGUGUGUGUGUGUGUGUGUGUGUGUGUGUGUGUGUUUGUAUGUGUAUGUGUGUAUUUUGCGUGAAUAACUGUGUGUGAAGGAGACAGCAAUGUCUGUUAGCACCUUUUUAUAGACUAAUUCACUGUGAACCCUCAUGUGACAGUCAAAGCAUGUAUAAACCAAAAACAAAAAGCAGAACACUUCAUAAAAAGGCCAAAGGAUGAAGAUUCGGAUAUAAGACUCUACAAAUACAUAAUGGCUAAAAUGAUAUGAAGAAGAAAUGGUUUAGUGGUUUAGAUUAAAAAAAAAUUAUUCUGUGACAGAAAGAAUUCAUAUGAGGGGCACUGAAUUUAAAGCCUGUGAAAAGGUAAGGUAAAAAAAAUAAAUUCCCUGAAUCGCCAAUACAUUUUAAGCUUGAAAGUUGUGUAAUUGUUGAUUGUGUGUUGUGAAUGAAGGGCUUUUUUGGGAAUCUAUAAAGUAUGCAAUGUGAUUUCCUGUUUUGCACAAGCGUACAGUGUUUUGUAAAGAAAUGGGUGAAAAUGUGGGUGUUAGAUCCUACAGUUACUGUGAACAAAUCAAUCUCUCGCUCUCUUCACUCACUCGCUCUCUCUCUCACUCUCUCGCUCUCUCUCUCUUCCCAUAAGUCAGAUAAUAAAGGUCCAUAAAUAUUCUAGGUUGACAGAGCUAUUUUCUAUAAUUCUGUCUUCUCUGAAACCUAAAGGAACGUUGUCAGGUUGGCCCUUUCUGCAGUGCAGGUUUCUGUGUGCCACUCUUGUGUAUGAGAGCAAAACAAAUAUUUCAUUACACUAAUUAAACUUUGAAAAGUUCACUCCGUUCUUAUGACUUUUUUAUGAUUUGGUGUACAAUGAAGAAAAAAAUAUAUAGAAUCUUCUGAACUUUUUUUUCUGCAAGAAUUAUUCAGAUGUGAAUUUGAGUCGGGUGGGUGGGUUUGUCCUGAUGACACCGUUGCCUGAGAGGUCUAUGAAUUUCCUCUUGUUCUUCCUGAGUGUGCGCUCUCUCUCUCUCUCGCUCUUGCUCUCUCUCUCGCGCUCUCUCUCUCUCUCCAUGGUCUCUAUCUCUCUCUCUCUCUCCGUGGUCUCUAUCUACCAGAGGAUCGAUACAAAGAGAACUCUCCAACUUUUUUGUGUUUGUGCAUGUUACUUUUUAUAAUGUGAGAAUUGUUUUUGCUCAGUGUUUUUAUGUCUUCCAUGUAUACAUCUUCCCCCCCCCCCAAAUUUUUGUUCAUGUUUUUGUAUAAUGUCCCAUGCUAUCUUUUAGUUUACAUUGUACUUUUUUCAGAUUAUAAUAAAACUUGCGACAACUUGUUCAUGUGUA